GACAUUUGCAUGUCCCUACAAUAAUACCCAGUAACUCUAGAGACAGUACCAUAGUUACAUGGAAGGAGGGACAUUUCCUGAGCCACAGAAGAAGACGUAAAAGACUCUAGAGAAUAAGGGCUGUUAGAAGUGAUUCGUGAACGUGUCAUUCUGAAUACCUUUAACUGGGUUGGUCUAGGUUAUGUCGCCAACCUGCAAACAUCCACCCUCUCACCAGUGGGGGAAGUUUGUCUAUAGAAGAUAAGCAAAGUGGAAGUUUUGCAACCCUCACAGGGUAUGAGUUGCUUAAGGAGUAUUCUCAACCAUGUUUGAGACUGGCUUGAAUAAAAAGGAGGAAGAAAAUGGACCACAGAGGGAGGUUUGUGAUAUGGUCACGAUAUCGCUGUUAUUUCUUUAUUGUUUUUUUGGCUUUGACCCUAAUUAUCUACAACACUGACCUAGUGGAAAGGACUGAGGACUUAGUCCCUAAAUGGUGGAUGAGGUUUGGUCAAGUUGUGAGUACGGUAGUUCCUGUCAUUACUACAUACUCAAACAGUACUGCCACCGUCAUUCAGAAUGCAACUCUCCAACAAGGAAUUGAACUCAGUGUCACAAACAUUAAUACCACCAUGGAGAAUUCAACCGUGACAGAGGCACUAACUGUACCCAAUCUCCUCCCGGCAAAACAAUCAGUGCCAAUUGAACCUUAUAUUUCACCAGGAUCUUUCCAUGUGGAAUACCCUCAUGAGUAUCACUUCAUUGUGGAUGAGCCUAAGGAAUGUCAGGAGAAGAAUCCCUUCCUGGUUCUAAUGGUGCCAGUUGCACCUCACAACAGGAUGGCUCGUGAUGCCGUCCGCAGUACCUGGGGCACUGAGAGUCUGAUUCUGGGCAAAGUGGUGAGUCUGUUCUUCCUGUUGGGACUGCCAAGUGGAGAAGGGGCAGAGAAGCUCCAAGAGCAGGUGCUGCAGGAGAGCAGAGAACAUAGAGACCUUCUGCAGAGUGACUUCACAGACAGCUACAAAAACCUGACCAUCAAGACCAUGAUGAUGCUGGAGUGGCUGAGCUUUCGCUGCCCCAACGCUUCCUACGCCAUGAAGAUUGACUCAGAUAUGUUUCUCAAUGUGAACAGCCUGGUGCACAUGCUGCUGACUGCACCACAGCACGACUACAUGACUGGACUGGUGGCCAAAUGGGCACAUGUUCUACGAGACCCUAACUCCAAAUGGUACCUUCCUGAGAAUGUUUUCCCUGACAAUUUUUAUCCUUCUUAUGCUCUGGGACUGGGCUAUGUCAUGUCGUUAAACCUGCCCAGGAAGCUAGUGGAGGCAUCCAGGCAUGUUAAAGCCAUUUAUAUAGAGGAUGUCUAUCUGGGACUGUGCAUGAAACACCUGGGUAUCCAGCCCACUGACCCUCCCAGUCAGAACCUGUUUCAACUUUUUCCUGUGCCUUAUAAUCGCUGCAGCUAUUCGCAGAUAAUAGCCACCACUACAUACACUAUCACAGAUCAGGUUAACUUCUGGAAAGACUUGCACAAACCUGGACCUACGUGUUAACAUGCCAUUGGAAUAAUAGGUUUUUACAGUGAGCCAUAAACUUUAGAGAUAGUGUUGGGUGGCAGAACUAAAGAUGUUUUAUAUAGGUUAAUCUUCCAUACAGGAUGACGUUUGCUUUACUACCUGCUCAUGUUUGAGUAAAAAAGAAAGGUCAACAUCAACACUGACUUCAGUCAUUAGAGCUUUGUUACAUUAGUAUUCUGUGUAAUAUAAAAAAUAAACGUGUGACAGUGUAGCAAUAAUUCAGCAAUUGAGCAUAAACCAAAAUUACAUUAAAACAAGCCAUUGCAUUUAUUAUCUAAAAAGUCUAUAAAGCAUGUAUGCACUAGCAAUGACAUGGAAAAUAAGAAACAUGUAAACUGUCUCAGGCUGUGUUUAGUUGUAUGUCCUGCCCUGUCUUUAUAUUGAUGUGCAUUAUUAUUUUUUUUUUAUGUGGGUGUGUUUCUAACUGCAGGGCUCACCGGUAAAAUAUACUUUUUCCCCUUGUUGUAACACCCUUAUAACAAGGACAUACAGUUAUAUUGGACUUUAAAAAAUUAGACAAACUGUAAAUAAUUUGGCAGUUUUCCACGUAAAGUAAAAAGUUGCUUUUUAGAUUUGCAGACAGACAGACAUGACCUGAAAUGGUACAAAGGUAAGCGGUAAACUGCCAGAGGUAAAAAAAAAAAAAGGUUUACAUUUUUCGAUUUACAAAGGAAGACAGACAGACCAUUAUAACCCUCAAAAGUGUAGGUCUUUACUUAAGAUAGAAUAUGCAAAGAAAGCCAAGGUGUCAGUGAGUACCGUUUCCAUCAAAAGGGAACUAGAGGAACUAGAGGAAACUCUGACAGCGAAGUACAGACCCAAAGCCACAACCAAAUUAGUUUCAACAAUCAUCAACUGAGACUUGCUAACUUCGACAAGUGUUAAGCUGUACUUGAAGCUGUUGUCCUGUGAGCCGCCUAUCACGCAAGCUGCUGACUUUCAGAAACAUGUUUUCUGAACUGCUUAAAUUUC